CCGGGAGCCGGCCGGGCCAGGGAGCAGCGACCGGAGUCCGGGGUGCAUCCCGCGCUUGGCUUCCGUGCGCAGCCUCCCCGCGCGGAGGCACCUGGCUCCCUCUCGGCUCUAGAACGCGAACAGUUGGCGUUGAGCACACAACUCUUCCUCCUUCUCCCCCGAGACCCCUGUACCCUCCCCGCGCGCCAUCUCCCGCCCCUCAUAACAGGCCCGAAGAGUAAACCCCCAAACGCGUCCAGAAGCGGCUCCCAACUCUUCGCCGGGAGCACGUUGGAGGCUGGAUUUUGGAGAGACUCGGGAUUGGGGUCUAUUGCCGGCCCCUCUUGGAUCCGGCUUGAUUUUCAUAUUUUAAGAAGAUUUUCUUAUUACCUUUGAUUACUCCUUUUUACCAAAUUUCUGGAGCUCAGUGGGGAGGAUUGGGGGGAAUCUGAUUUUAAGAAAGAAAGCACCGAAGGGGCAAUUAUUAAUUUUCCUCGGGUUUGGAAUCACCCUCCGGACGAGAGAACGGGCGAGCGGGAGCUAGGAGGGAAGAGGAGAGGAUCCGCGAGGCGCGCCAGCCGGAGCCACCUCCUUCCCGGCCGCCCCCUCCCCACUCCCCCUACACACACUCGCUCGCUCGCUCGCUCGCCGGCGCGCGCACACCCCCCGCGCCGGACCCGCACCUCGGCGGGCGCCACACACUCGGCAGCCCGAGCCGCGGUAGCCGCAGCGGGAUGGAGGCGGCGCGCACGGAGCGCCCCGCAGGCUGGCCGGGGGCGCCGCUUGUCCGGACCGGGCUCUUACUCUUGUCGACGUGGGUCCUGGCCGGCGCCGAGAUCACUUGGGACGCGACAGGCGGUCCCGGACGCCCGGCUGCCCCGGCUUCGCGGCCACCGGCGUUGUCUCCACUCUCGCCGCGGGCAGUGGCCAGCCAGUGGCCGGAGGAGCUGGCGUCGGCGCGGAGAGCCGCCGUGCUGGGGCGCCGGGCCGGACCAGAGCUGCUGCCCCAGCAGGGCGGCGGCAGAGGCGGUGAGAUGCAGGUGGAAGCCGGAGGGACAUCACCGGCAGGCGAGCGGCGGGGCUGGGGCAUCCCAGCUCCUGCCAAGCUUGGCGGCGCGAGGAGGAGUCGCCGGGCGCAGCCCCCAAGCACCCAGGAACGCGGGGACGCCUGGGCCACUGCUCCGGCCGAUGGUUCCAGAGGAAGCCGUCCCCUUGCUAAGGGUUCCCGGGAGGAGGUGAAGGCGCCGCGGGCUGGGGGGUCGGCGGCUGAAGACCUCCGGCUGCCCAGCACCUCCUUCGCGCUGACCGGGGACUCGGCCCACAACCAAGCCAUGGUGCACUGGUCGGGACACAACAGCAGCGUCAUACUUAUCCUGACGAAGCUGUAUGACUUCAACCUGGGCAGCGUGACUGAGAGUUCACUUUGGAGGUCGACAGAUUAUGGCACCACCUAUGAAAAGCUGAAUGACAAAGUGGGUUUGAAGACUGUCCUCAGUUACCUCUAUGUCAAUCCAACCAACAAAAGGAAGAUUAUGCUUCUCAGUGAUCCUGAGAUGGAGAGCAGCAUAUUGAUCAGCUCAGACGAAGGGGCGACCUAUCAGAAGUAUCGGCUCACCUUCUAUAUCCAGAGCCUGCUCUUUCAUCCCAAGCAAGAGGACUGGGUGCUGGCCUACAGUUUGGAUCAAAAGCUCUACAGCUCCAUGGACUUUGGAAGACGGUGGCAACUCAUGCAUGAACGCAUCACACCCAACAGGUUUUAUUGGUCGGUGGCCGGAUUGGAUAAGGAGGCGGACCUGGUGCACAUGGAGGUGCGGACCACGGAUGGAUAUGCUCACUACCUCACCUGCAGGAUCCAGGAAUGCGCCGAGACAACUAGAAGUGGGCCUUUUGCCCGCUCCAUUGACAUCAGUUCCUUGGUUGUCCAGGAUGAAUAUAUCUUCAUUCAGGUAACAACUAGUGGAAGAGCCAGCUACUACGUGUCUUAUCGAAGAGAGGCCUUUGCUCAGAUAAAGCUGCCUAAGUACUCGUUGCCAAAGGACAUGCACAUCAUCAGUACAGACGAGAAACAAGUAUUUGCUGCGGUCCAAGAAUGGAACCAGAACGACACAUACAACCUCUACAUCUCAGACACGCGUGGGAUUUACUUCACUCUGGCCAUGGAGAACAUCAAGAGCAGCAGAGGUCUAAUGGGGAACAUCAUUAUUGAAUUGUAUGAGGUAGCAGGUAUCAAAGGGAUAUUUCUGGCAAACAAGAAGGUGGAUGACCAGGUGAAGACAUACAUCACUUACAACAAAGGCAGGGAUUGGCGCCUGCUGCAAGCUCCGGAUGUGGACCUGAGAGGAAGCCCAGUGCACUGCCUGCUGCCCUUCUGUUCCUUACAUCUGCACCUGCAACUCUCUGAAAAUCCAUAUUCCUCAGGAAGAAUCUCUAGCAAGGAGACAGCCCCAGGACUUGUGGUGGCUACAGGCAACAUUGGGCCGGAGCUCUCAUAUACUGAUAUUGGUGUGUUCAUCUCCUCCGAUGGGGGCAACACAUGGAGACAGAUCUUUGAUGAAGAGUACAAUGUCUGGUUCCUAGACUGGGGUGGCGCCCUCGUGGCCAUGAAACACACACCUCUGCCAGUCAGGCAUUUGUGGGUGAGUUUUGAUGAGGGCCACUCUUGGGACAAGUAUGGUUUCACUUCGGUUCCUCUCUUUGUUGACGGGGCUCUGGUGGAGGCAGGAAUGGAGACCCACAUCAUGACAGUUUUUGGCCACUUCAGCCUCCGCUCCGAAUGGCAAUUGGUGAAAGUGGACUACAAAUCUAUCUUCAGCCGGCAUUGCACCAAGGAGGACUAUCAGACCUGGCACCUGCUCAAUCAGGGAGAGCCUUGUGUCAUGGGAGAAAGGAAAAUAUUCAAGAAACGUAAGCCAGGAGCUCAGUGUGCCCUGGGCCGAGACCAUUCAGGAUCAGUGGUCUCAGAACCCUGUGUCUGUGCCAAUUGGGACUUCGAGUGUGACUAUGGGUAUGAGAGACAUGGGGAGAGCCAGUGUGUCCCAGCUUUCUGGUACAAUCCAGCAUCCCCAUCAAAGGACUGCAGCCUUGGUCAAAGCUACCUUAACAGCACUGGGUAUCGGCGGAUUGUGUCCAACAACUGCACAGAUGGGCUAAGGGAGAAGUACACCGCCAAGGCCCAGAUGUGCCCUGGAAAAGCCCCUCGGGGCCUCCAUGUGGUGACGACCGAUGGGCGGCUGGUGGCAGAGCAGGGGCACAAUGCAACUUUCAUCAUCCUCAUGGAGGAGGGUGAUCUACAAAGGACAAACAUCCAGCUUGACUUUGGGGAUGGGAUUGCUGUGUCCUACGCAAACUUCAGCCCCAUCGAGGACGGCAUCAAGCACGUGUAUAAGAGUGCGGGGAUCUUCCAGGUGACAGCCUAUGCAGAGAACAACCUUGGCUCAGACACAGCUGUCCUCUUCCUGCAUGUGGUUUGUCCUGUGGAGCAUGUUCAUCUCCGAGUUCCAUUUGUUGCCAUAAGAAAUAAGGAGGUCAACAUCAGUGCAGUCGUGUGGCCCAGUCAGCUGGGGACCCUUACCUAUUUCUGGUGGUUCGGCAAUAGCACAAAGCCUCUCAUCACUUUGGACAGCAGCAUUUCCUUCACAUUCCUUGCAGAAGGAACCAACACCAUCACAGUCCAGGUGGCUGCUGGGAAUGCCCUCAUCCAGGACACAAAAGAGAUUGCAGUUCAUGAAUAUUUCCAGUCCCAGCUUUUAUCAUUCUCUCCUAACCUGGAUUACCACAAUCCUGACAUUCCUGAGUGGAGAAAAGAUAUUGGCAAUGUCAUCAAGCGAGCUCUGGUUAAAGUAACCAGUGUCCCAGAGGACCAGAUCCUCAUUGCCGUGUUUCCUGGUCUCCCCACUUCAGCAGAGCUUUUCAUUCUUCCACCCAAGAACCUGACAGAGAGGAGGAAAGGCAAUGAAGGGGACCUGGAACAAAUUGUAGAAACACUGUUUAAUGCUCUCAACCAAAAUUUGGUCCAGUUUGAGCUGAAGCCGGGGGUACAAGUCAUUGUGUAUGUCACACAGCUGACGUUAGCUCCAUUGGUGGACUCCAGUGCUGGGCACAGCAGCUCAGCCAUGCUUAUGCUAUUAUCAGUGGUAUUUGUUGGCCUGGCUGUGUUUUUGAUCUACAAGUUUAAAAGGAAAAUCCCUUGGAUUAACAUCUAUGCUCAAGUCCAACACGACAAGGAGCAGGAGAUGAUUGGGUCAGUCAGCCAAAGUGAAAACGCCCCCAAAAUCACACUCAGUGACUUUACGGAGCCUGAGGAGCUGCUGGACAAAGAGCUGGACACGCGGGUCAUAGGAGGCAUUGCCACUAUUGCAAACAGCGAAAGCACAAAGGAGAUCCCCAACUGCACUAGUGUUUAAUACCAGCAAGCCACGUGGUCAACCACCUUUCUGACUUUUUAUUUUUGAUGAUUACUAUUACUAUUAUUAUGGAAAAAUAAAAAUGUCUUUUUUACCUUUUGUUUACCAAGGGCCCCUUCAUAAAUAGCAGGCAAAUGCCUAGCUUUGGGAGAAAAGGGCAUUCUUAGCUGAUUGAAAUGAGACAAAGGGAAUAAAUGGCUGUAUUUGUGCUAAGAGCAAAGGAUGCAUCUUCCCACAGCCUCCUCGCUUUACUCUGCCAUUGGUAGCUUAAAGACUUUCUUUUUCCUCGUGGUCUCCCUUUUUUCAAAAUUGAAGUUGGGUUGGCUCUUUGUGAACCUCUCAUCCCCACAGCAGAAUCACCAACACUCUCCCCUUCCCCCAGCACACACACAUACAACACAGAUCAUUUCCCAGUUAGAUCCGCAGGAAGUAGGUUGGUGGGGGUGGAUAUAGCUGCAGAAAGCGUGCACAACUUUGUGAAAGAGGCCCUGCCUUGUGCAUGUCCAUAGUGAGGCUACAGAUGGCUUAUUGUAUAUAAUUACAAUGUAAAUAGCUUUUUAUUUCCUAAGAAAUAAUUUAAUGUUUAGUAAAAAGGAAAACAGAAAAAAGAAAGAUGCGUGUGUUGGUUUACGCACUGGCCCUCAGAGCUGACCAACCCGCCAGGCCUGCUCAAUGCAUUGGGUUUGGAUGCUCUCCUGUUGUCUGUCACACUUAACUCUUGCAUCUCCUUGUCCAUGCCAUAGCUGGUUUCUACUUAUGUAUAUAAAGGGGGGUGGGGGGAGGGGCUUCUCUGGGGCAAUUGAUAAAGGAAGGACUCUAGUGACAUCAUAGAACAUGGUAGUCAUUUUUGUUCCAAGAAUGACAUGAAAGGUGAAGAAGAGGCCCACUAGAGGCUUCAUACUGAGACCCAGAUGGGGGAAAACAGCUUCCUCUCUAAAAGGAAAAACUCGAUAUUUAUCAGUCUGAGAAAAUAUUUUUUUCUAAAGAAGGCAGUCAGUGGAUCUUAAAAUGACAAUCUGUUUUUAAAUUGGAUUCUAUGAAAAUGCAUAAUGCUUAUGGUGAAUUCUCAGGCUAUUCUGAGCUCAGAAAAGUCCCCUGGGCACUAGGUAAAGCCCAGUGAAUGUCUCUUGGCAUGGGAGGAGUUAAAGAGGUUGGAAGGGAGGAGGCAUUUGUGGAAUUAUGAGUUCAUGCAAAACUCUCCAGGCUAAGUAGGGGUCUAGCCUUUAAUGAUAUUAGUCAAAGGCAAUUUUAGCAAAGCUGUGCUAUUUGCUUGUCAGAUGUACACAACUUCCUUAAAGUCAAAUGUCUGCCUUUAGUUCCCUUAAGGUAGUUCUUGCCUCUGGGGUGAAUGGCUUUCAAAGCCUGUUAGCUUUUCCAGCACCUCAGCCCCUUCACACAUUUACACAUACCGAUUUUUUUCAAUAGGGUCAUGUUAAGCCAUGCUGUAAGCAUUGUUUUUAUUUUCAGGCUUAGCCUGAGCACACUUAUUUUUGAAAAUGAUAUAAUGUAUAUAUAUGGGAGGAAAGGCCACAUUUUGUACCUGUUAAUUUUUGUGGGAUGUUGUUCCCAUUCUUCUUUGUGAGACAGAGAGAAUGUGAUAUAGAGAAAUCUGGCUGGCUACAGCGUAGAUCAGUAUUAGGAAUAUUUCUAAAGAUCCUGCUUUUUUGUUUCAAGGGUUAAAUGGGGCAGACAAUUGCAAUACUUGUACUAAACACUGGAAUACAAAUGCAUGACUCAUAUCUAUAUAUACAGUAUAUGUACAUAUACUGUUCUUGGUUUUAUUGUUCCACUUGAAUAUUUCUACUGUAAAAAAAGACAGUGGUUUUGAAAUUGUUGAAAAUAAAUGUAUUUUUGUACAUCAAA